GUUUUUACCAUAAGCAUGCUGUGAAGUGCGUAUAUGGCUGUGGUCCACUAUCUUUUAUUUUUACACAUGCAUGCAUUGAGCUGCUUAAAAAGAUUCCAUCAUAGUCAGUCUAUUCUGUAAGUAUUAUUCAAUCCGUAAUUUCCAUCUAAAUUAUAAACAUAAACUAAUUCAGGAGUAAAGAAUCAGUCCGUAUCACAUUGAACUUCCUGUAUUGAUUUUUCCUUGAGUUGUAUGUUGGAUGUUGAAAGUCAUGUUUUCUAUGUUGAAUAAGACAAAAACCCAUCAAUGUCAGGUUUGUGAAAAAUGGUUUACAUCAGCAUCAAAGUUGAAUGUUCAUAUGGGAGUUCACACUGCAAAGAUUUUGAAAUGUGAAGUUUGUAAAAUGUGUUUUACCAAACCAAGUAAUCUUAACAUCCAUAUGGAAAUACAUACUAUUGGAGAAAAAAUCCAAGAAUGUGAUAUCUGUAAAAAAAAAAUUUCUAAGUCACAUGAACUUGAUGUUCAUAUGAGAGAUCACUUUAUAGAGAAACCUUUCAAAUGUGAUGUUUGUAACAGGAGUUUUGCUCAUGUCAGUAAACUUAAAGAUCAUAUGAAAGUUCAUACUGGAGAAAAACCCCACAAAUGUGAAGUUUGUAAAAGAAGUUUUGCUGCAGCAAAUACACUAUAUGCUCACAUGAGAACACAUACAGGAGAAAAACGUUACCAAUGUGAUGUAUGUGAAAAACGUUUUAGCACAACCAGCUAUCUAAAUGUUCACGUUAGAAUUCAUACUAAAAGAAAACCCUACAAGUGUGAGGUUUGUAAUAAGUGUUUUACUCAGGCAGGUCAACUUAGUGCUCACAAGAAAACUCAUACUGGAGAAAGACCAUAUCAAUGUGGUGCUUGUAGUAAAUGUUUCAGCACAGUCAGAAAUCUUGAUCUUCACAUGAGAAUUCAUACUGGAGAGAAACCUUAUCAUUGUGAUAUUUGUGAUAAAUAUUUUGCAACUCUUCAUGGUUCAAAAUACCACACGCAAUUACAUAACGGCAUUUCAGAGAAACCUUAUAGAUGUGAAGUUUGUGAAAAGUGUUUUAUUCAACCACAAAAUCUCAAAGUGCAUAAGAGAAUUCAUUCUGGAGAAAAACCUCAUCAAUGUGAUGUGUGUAAAAAAUCUUUUUCCUGUACAAGUAAUCUGAAAGUUCAUGAGAAAAUUCAUACUGGAGAGAAACCCUACCAAUGUGAUAUUUGUAAAAAAUAUUUUACUUUGUCUAGUAAUCUUAAAGUUCACCUGAAAAUUCAUACUGGAGAGAAGCCUCAUCAAUGUGAUGUAUGCAAAAAAUGCUUUUCCCGUGCUAGUUAUCUUGAUGUUCACAUGAAAAUUCAUACUGGAGAGAAACCCUAUCAGUGUGAUGUUUGUGAAAAAUAUUUCACUUGGGUUACUAAUCUUGAUGCUCACAUGAGAGUACAUACUGGAGUGAAACCAUACCGUUGUGUUGUUUGUAAAAGAUCCUUUUCUCGUGCUAGUUAUCUUGAUGCUCACAUGAAACUUCAUGAUGAAGAGAAACCA